AAUGACAAUCGUCAAUCGUCAAUUCGCAUUCGGCAUCGGCAAGCAUAGUAAUCGGAAUCGGCGUGUAUUCGUUCAAUUUCUUUGUUUUGGCCUUUUGAGUAGCUCUUGCGUUACGUUUCAAUUAUCACGCGUUAUUAGUAAGCGAAGCACAAGCCACAAUUGUUUUAUGUAUCAGUUUAGUUGAUAAUAAAGUCAACGAUACAAACCAUUGACGGUAAUGUGAGUGCGCCUUCAAUAAGUGGUGAAAUAGUGAAAUAUUUGUUAUUGAAUUGAAUCAAGAUGCCGACCAGUGCCGUUUACCAGCCGACGACGGUGACCUACGAGCAGCAGCCUAGUGACCAGCGCUGGAACUGCCCUAUCAGUUACUUCUCACGACGAGUGACAAGUAGCCUGAAUCGCGCAGUCUGCAUACGACUCGGCCUUUGCCUUUUGGGCAGCACUUUGUUUAUUGUUGGACUGGCGUGUGCAAUAGCUGGAGGCGUACAAUACUCCAACUGGUCAGCAUCGCCCACGCCAACACCCGAGAGCGAGAGUGGUGUGUCGACGCUUAUCAUCGGCGGAGUAUUGCUGUGCGUUGGAUUACUGUUUGCAGCAAUGGGCAUUUGGGCAUGGUCUGCUCGCUGGGGAGGCGGUAACGAGACUCCGGCCAGCGGAGCCGCCGCGCUCACAGCGCUCAACCCGUCCACCGACCCGCUGGUGGCCGCGCAGUACGCGCCGGUGCGGGACGCGCCGCCCGCGCCCGACGACGAGAUGCGCAACCUCAUGGACAAUAAGGAAUGCUUGAGCAGUGCAGAAGAAAGCGACAAGAUGUUAGAUGGCCGGCCGUCGGUCGCAUAAAUACGACAAAAAGAGUGACACAGUUUCUCGCGAACAGGCGAGUCCUGAUUAAAAUGUCCACCUAAAAUAUUUUAAUUUUCACGAAACGUACCUAAAGGGCUGCCCAGACGGUCAAGCACGUACAUUUGUGCUUGAGCCAAGCAUUUUGACCGUUUACAAAACUUACUUGAUGCUAGGUCAAGCAAUUUGUACGUGCUUGACGGUGAUUGAUUGCGAUUUUAUAUUUUUGCUUGACACGACGUUCGGACAGUGUUCGAGAAAUAAGUAAAGUGUCGUUUGCUGCCUCAAGCUGCUUGAUCAAGCAAAAUAAAACUACGUGCUUGACCGUUUCGGAAGCCCUUACGCUCGUACGUAAAUAUCUGUGUAAGCAAAGAAUUUAUUUUUUUGACUAACGUCUGGAAGGACCCGUUUUGUAAAACAGUAAACUUUAUUUUACUGUAAACAUAAACAAUAUAACGGAUAUGUUUUGUAGGGUAUAUUUAUCUGUAGUUGUGUUGCAUUUUACGGUACAAAGUGUAUGUGAAGCGGUUUUUUUUUCAUUCGUUGUGAUAAUAAUAUUUAUGAGUUACGACUAUUUUUAGUCAUUGCCUCUUGUUUGUAUUGAAAAAUCGGUAUUUAUUUUGCAUUAACGACAUAAUGGCAAACCACAAUCAACUACGCACUAUAGUUUAUACAGUAGAAAAUGUUAUUUUUCAGCAAUCGAGGGAAGCCUCGAUUGUGUAGCAAUCCUGUAACAUAGUUAUUCCAAUGUUCACACAAUCGUAGGACUAUCAAUGUCAAAUAUAUUUUCUUGGUGUUAUACAGACGCUGUAUAUUCAAAUAUAAAAAAAUAUAGAUUUUGAUAGUUGAUAAUCGUAAUUUACAAGACAUGUGGCCAAAUUAUCGUCCAGAUUUUAAAAUUAGAUAUAAUGUCCAUAUGUAUGUAAACAUUUUUCGAUUAGAUACCUAAUUAUUACUUAACUAAAAUUUUAUUAAUGGCGUCAUGUUGUAGGUACUAAUGUAAUGAAUUUUUACUCUCUUUGAUCUUUUAAUCUUGGGGCAUUACACCAUGCAUAAGGAUUAUUUUUAAUUAUUUAGUUCUUCAAUUUGCGUUAUUUUAAAUAACUUUAUUUUACGCUGUUUCAUUAAAUUGUACUUAAAUAAUAAAGUAAAUAAUAUUUUUAAUUAUUUCUUUAUUUUUUAUUUCAUUUAUCAUAGCAGAAAAAUGUAUGGUGGAGUGUAUCCAGAUUAUGAUUUUUCUUUUUAAGAAACUACACUUCGUCACUUUAACCUUCUAUCGUCCUUUAAUUUAUGUAGAAUCGAUUCCUUAAUUUUCUAAAAAAAAGCUUGGAUCACAAUUAAAAAUUAUAGUACUAGAUAAGUACACUAUUAUUUCAAAAAAUUAUCAGAAACUGGCCAUUUUAUUUAAGGAUAUUUUUCAGUUAAGUAAUUUGUUUGCAGAAAUUAAGAAACUAGAAAUUAAAGAACUUAGUUUGGUUUUUCAAAAUGCAAAACGAAAAAAAUGUGUUAUCCCACUUUUGUUUAGGAGUGUAAGAUCUAAUUUUUUUUUAAGUAAGUACUUACGAAUAUUAUGUUCAUUUUGUGUUUGAGACCGUCCUUAUUAGUUUUAAGUAUAGAUGUUAUGUGCAAGGAAAUCUGAUACAAUUUAAUAACGGUAUAAUCCUAAAGGUUUCAAUAAUGUUAUUUCGUAGCUCGCGUAGCGGCAAAAAUGGUCACGGCAAAGAGCGAGUCGAUCUUGCACACUCGCUUAUAGCCCAGCGACGAAACUAUCCCAACUACACACUCGCUCUCAACUCGUUGCUCGUCAACUCGUUUCUAGGUGUCGUCUCUCGGGUCGGAUAAGUGCUUGCUUAUUUUCAGCAGAGCGGUUGUGAUGUCUGCCGCGUUGCCUCAACCGAGGGAAUUACCGAUAUUAAAUUGCAUCACCACAGGUCCCAUAGACCUUCCAGUCCUAUAAAUUUAGUUUUAUCUAUAUGGCGUUAAAGAUGGACUGUAUAGCAUUUAAUUUAACGUAUAUGUAGGCUCACGAUUGAUAUUAAAAUGUAUUCUAAGCUCUCUUUAUUAAAAAAAUAUAGCAUUCAAUAAAUAAGUAACAUUUUGAAACUAACAUCACAAAAUUGUACUUGAAAUAUUUACUUUAAAAAGAUUGUAAAUAAAAGUAAAGCAGAGUUAAGCAAAACACAAGUUAGACAUAAGCUAUAUUUUAUUAAUCAAGUUAAUAAAAACUACUAAAUAUGUAAUCUAUAUACAAUUUUAUUUAUAUUAUUUUUAUUUGUGGUGCAAAUGAGAUUUAUAUUAUGGUGUAUCGACUGUCGAAUGAUGUUAUGUUAUACUUAUUUUAGUACUUAAAGUACAUUAUUUUGUAAUAUUUAUGUGUAGGUACUUAAUAUAUCUUCAAUCUCCAUUUCAAUAAAUAUAUGAAAAUAU